UUGUCAGUGACGCUCUCGAGCUGUCGUCAGGGUCUUCUAAGCGGGUUCCCCUGCUGGAUCCGGACUCGCGGGCCAAGCUCCUGGUAGCUCCGCGCCAAGAUUGCGAGAUUGGUGUGCUUUGUAUAUUUUGGAAAAAAGCUGCUGAAGACACUGACGAAAAGGCAGCUCUUCUACUGACACCUCAGAAGGAAAUAAGUUACCACCUACGUUAGGAUUAGAAGACCAGCUCAUUCUUAGAAUCUUCUGAAACAAAAUUAGGAUGGAUUGGGGAGAUGAAUAUCCCCACAAUUCUUUUGACCUACAUUGUUUGUUAAAUUCAUUUCCUGGAGACUUGGAGUUUAAGCAGAUCUUCAGUGACAUUGAUGAAAAGAUAGGACAAAAUGCUCUCAGCAUAGAACGUUGCAUUAAAGAAAUACAGUCUGAAGUUAACAAACAGUGUCCAGAUGUACAGCUGCGAACGACAACUGACUGCUUUGAAUGGCUAAAUAAUUAUAAUUAUAAUUCAUCCAAGUCACCGUCCAUUCCCCAUGGAGAUUUGAUAAAAUUUCUCAAAAUACUGCAAGAUUUGUUGAAGAAUGAACAAAAUCAAGAAGAGAUGGUAUUGAAUUUACUUUGGGACCUCUCCUGCCAGAGCAGUGUUUCAUUCCCAUCCACUGUAAGUGGAGCAUCUUUCCAUUUCCUCUCUAGGGCUUCUCUUCAUUCUGUUGAAGAUCAUUCCUCAAUGGAUGUAAAGUCUGUAUGGGAUGAUAUAAGAUUACAUCUUCGACGCUUCUUAGUGAACAAAUUACAAAGCCACAAUGAAAUAAACAAUUCACAGCAAAAAAUUCUGUUGAAAAAUCAGUGCAUACAGCAACUCUUAUUUCUUUAUCCAGAAUCAGAAGUUACAAGCAAGUACCAAAGCAUACAGAAUAAACUGCUGACCAAACUUCUGCAGAACUGUUUUCCUUCUUUUAGCAGAGAAUCAAAUUUAGACAUAAUGGCUGAUACAUACCAAGGUACAAUGCUUAAGUUAUACUCAAUGAUAAAAGAGGAUUUUAACACACUACAUGAUAUUUUAGCUCCAUCCUCAACAGUGAAAUUCAUUCAAGAAACUUACCUGGAUACUGUUACAGAAGAAAUGGCAAAAUUUCUUGAAAAUUUUUGUGAGCUGCAGUUCAAAGAAAGUGCUGCCCGUGUGGUUAAAACAAGCAAGAGCUCCAGCAGGCAUAGAGGAACAGUGCAUGCUUUGGUUACUCCUGAAUACCCACAGAAAGGAAGAAACUUUUUCCUCACCUUAGAUGAACUCAAGUUCUUAUCACAGCUAGUAAAAUCACUUUUGAAGUUGGAAAAAAAUGUCCAGGAGUUGUUUGAAGAAAUGUUCUUAUGGUUCAGGAUACCCAGGAAUACUUCAGGAAUUUGGGAGACAUCCAAUAGAGAAUUUGUAAUAGAGAAACCUGGAACAAAUGAGACCAGAAUUCCUUCAGAGCAGCUGCUACCAGUAACAGAGGCUACUUUAUUAGAUUUUGGCUGGAGAAGUGCAUUUAUAAAAGUAUCUCUUCCCACGGCACGUUGUAUAACAACAGCCAUUGAAGAUUUUUCUGCAAAGAUUCUCCAGCAGGAACAGAAUGAAAGGUCUUCAACUCUGAGCUAUGCUUUGAACCUUGUAAAUGUCCAGCAAGUUUGGCAAGAUAGCUAUGUGGUUCCUGAAGCAGACCAACCAAAGAAAAUUGCAAAGUUUUGUUCUGACAUCAUGGAAAAACUUGACAUAAUGCUUCCACUGGCUCUGGCAUGCAGAGAUGAUUCUUUUCAGGAAAUUAGAGCAAACUUUGUGGAGGCCUGUUGUAAAGUGGCAACAGCUGUCCUGGCCAGACUGCAAGAGAGAAGCAAGGAGUUUCCCUCCAAAGCACCCCUGAAAAACCUGCACACGCUGCUCUCCACGGCUGUGUAUGUCUUCCAGCAUUUUAUGCAAUAUGAUCGUGUGAUGAAAGAAAAUGCUAAGAAACCCAUAUUCCUGGUGCCUGUCCAACGAUACCAGGAAUUCAUCAACAGUCUGCAGUUUCAGGUUACGGACUACUGCGUCAGAGUUUGUGCUACAAGCAUUUUACAGGACGCUGAGAGCCACCACUGGGAUGACUACAAAGCUUUUUAUGAGGGGGAAAGAUGCUCCUUCUCGCUCCAGAUGUGGCAUUAUUUCUUCUGGGCGCUUCAUCACGACCUCUGGACCAUCCUGCCCCCUAAAUUAGCCCAGGAGAUACUAGCGGAAGUGCUGGAGAAGUCUUUGGGUCUCCUGGCCUCCAGAUAUGCCCGGGCCCAUCCCAGUUAUAAGAGAACCCUACAGAUAAGACUUGAUGUCACAACAAUUUUAAUUUGCACUGAGAACAUGUUAUGGUCAGUUUGCACAUCUGUACAGAAGCUUUUGAAUCCUCAUGCAUAUGAAGAUGAUAAAAUUUUUAAAAUUCAUACCCACUGUAAUAAUCUCUUCAUAACAUUAGUUAUUCUGACUUCACCAUUAACAGAAUUACACCAGACUUUUCAGCAUGGCCUGGGCGAUUCUUCUUCAGAUUCCUUGAAGCCAGUUUUCAAGCAACCAUUACAUUGGCUUUCUUGCAUAACACAUUUCUACCCUUCUUUACUCAGGACUCCAUCAGCUGGACGACUGACAGCCGAGGGUCAACUGAAACUGCUCUUAUCCCAGCCAGGUUGUAAUUGGAACCUGCUUCUGGAAACCCUACUGCAUCACGAUGGUCUUUUACUAAGAAUCUUGCUAAAGAGCUCAAAAUGUACCUUUCAAGAACAAGGUUCCAAUACAGAAAAUAAUCUGAACCAAGGAUCCAGUUUGAUAGAAGCUAUCUUUCAAGUAUUGUACCACUGCACUUUCUCUCCACAAACAUUUGGAAAUGUCUUUGUGAGUUACAUGGAAGAAGAACAAUUAUGGGACUUGUUAUAUAACACUCCAGUGUCAACGCGCAGAGAGUCCGAGGUAGAGGUCAUCCGAUGCCUGAGACUUGCACUGACCCACGCCCUCAAGGACGUCGUGCGGCAGGUAGUAUCUGUGAUGAGCUCUGGGAGCAAAUGUGAGAUGAACCUAAACAGGCACAGCGUUCCUGAAUGUCUGCGUGACAGCAUUCCCAAAGAAUGGAAUUACAUUCCAAAAGACACCGAAAGGAAAGAAUCAAGCAAAGGCUUCACAAGGCUUGCUGCUCAGGCAGUAUCUAUUGUAAUCAGCAAGUUACCUACGGUGAUUGCAUGUUUGCCUCCCCCAAUUAAAUACUUCUUUUUUCUGUCUGAGAGAAAAAUGUCAGAAAACUUGGUUGAAUUGAAGAAAGCUGGCCUGCUUGUCUGGAACUUGAUUGUAAUUAUAUGUCGGAUAUUUGAGGAUGGAAACACUGUGGAACUUUUAACAGGUGCCUCCCUUGACAGAUGGAGUAAAGAGAAACUCGGUUCAGUCUGUGUGUGUUUGGAAAGCAUCAUGGGAGAGCAGACGGGUAGCCCUAAUCAAAUGACCCAAAAGGUUAUACAGAGCAUCGAGCAGCAGAAACCCAACUGGAUUGAAUGCCAGUUGUUGAAAGCAAGGAAACUGAGCACCGAAUGUGCAUUUAUGACAAUAGAGAAAAGCACAGCCUUAGAAGAAGGAGAUAUCGCUCUUGAACUGACUGAGCAGAAAAUAAACAUGAUGGUCCUGGAUAUCUGCCACAAACCAGGUGGCAGCGAAUACCUGAGGCAAAUUUAUCACAUCAUGCGGCUCAAUGAGGGAUAUUUAAAAGAACAGCUGUUUUCUAUGAAUGGUUCAGAGGAAAAGCCAUUACCCAUCCAACCUUUAAAGACGACCUUGAGGAGUGUGGAAGAUCAACCCUCUGCCUUUAACCCUUUCCAUGUGUACAAAGUGUUCAGUAAAAACAUGCUUGAUCAGUCAGCCAUCACAAAAUGGAACUGGAAUUGGUCAAAGUUGCUGCCAAAUUAUCUGGGACUGGAUAAGAUGACCUUCAGUAUACUGCUCAAAAACAGGUGGGAAAUGAGGAAGGAUGAAAAACUAGAAGAGGAAGAAAAAGCAAUGCUGGAACAUCUAAAACUUAUGUGCACCAUCCAGGACUCUUCUGCCUCAGAUAAGACAGAGGAACAGUAAUCUGCAGAAAACAGCAACAGCUUUAUUUUAGGAAAUGAUCACAUGUAAUGGAGUAGGCUUUCUACUCUGGUCAGAAUGAACCUCUGAAGUGCUGUGAAGCAUGAAAACCAUGAGUAAUCGCUGAGCUGAAAAGGAAUACAGCACAUAAAGAAUAAAAUGCUAUAUAUUGUUCAUUUUAAAAAUAAUUUCAAAUGUUUUUUCUUUCCUCAGCCUUUCUCUUAAUAUGAUAUAACUGCUGCCAUCUCGUGUUCCCUUUGAAUUACUUUUUUUUUCCUUCAGUCUUCAAGUAUCUAUGACAACAGGCAAAAUGUUUGGAAAUCUUUUCCCUAAGGAUUUUUAAAUGCAACAUUUGAAUGUUAAGUUGGAAUCACUUGGCCCCUUGAGGGUCAUCUGAAAAGUUCAAAUUAAUUUUGUAGCCAUAACCCAAGUCCAGAUCUUGACUGCCUUUAAUAUCACCACUGUACCAGUCUCUUUUUCCCAUCGCUUCUUCCUCAUCCAAUUUAUUUUAAUCAGAGCCACAAAAAGCAUUCUCUUGAAGUAUAACUUUAGUAAUAUCUAUGCCUAUGGCGGGCUUCAUUGGUGGCUCAGUGGUACAGAAUCCAUCUGCCAAUGUAGGAGUUGCUGGUUAGAUCCCUGGGUCGGGAAGAUCCCCUGGAGAAGGAAAUGGCAACCCACUCCAGUAUUCUUGCCUGGAAAACCCCGUAGACAGAGGAGCCUGGCAGGCUACUGUUGAUGGGUUCGCAGAGUCAGACACAGCUUAGUGACUAAAUAGCAACAAUCUACGUGUCUAUAGUGAUUUUUCAAGCAUCACAUUCAAACUUCUAAUCAUAUGCUUUCAGAACCUGUACCCAGAGGCGCCAAGUUCAAGGAACUGCCUGCCAUCUGAGCCACACACCUGUCAUAUUUCCCAACAAGAAAUCUUCUUUCUCCCAAAGUCAUGUUCAAAACUCACUCUAGCAGUUCAUUAUCUGUAAUUUCAGAGUUUCUGUUACUUCUCUUAUUUCCAUUACAUUGAUGCACACAUGCACAGACACACAAAGAAAUGGAAUAUGUUCUAGUGCCUUCUAUGCCAAGUAAAGUUGUAUUUACUAUAUCCUUCCGAUCAGUCCCUGAUAUUAGUUUAAAAAGCCAUCGAAGGCUUUACGAUGUAAUUUGAAGACUCCCUUUGGAACAGUAGUCACCCCGAAUGUCUGCUAUAGAGUUAUUCAUCUAGUGGACAGUUAAUAAACACAAUUGCUUAAAUGACUGUCAUUGUGGAAAAACAGCAAAGACAAUUAGACUGUUGAGCAAUCUAUAGGACAUCUGGGAGAAGCCCUAUAUCACGAAUUAUUUUAGACCAUAUGACAUUGAACAUCAUAGUUUCCGAGGUUCUCAGGUUCUUCAGGCCCUCACAUUCUGUGAUUUUUAUAAGCUGUGUAUAGGCUACCUAAUUUCCAAAGGAAAGUACUUGAGCAUUUUGCAAAGACUGAAGCUUGGCAGAGGCCACCUUAGAAAAUCUCUUGCAUUGUUUCCUUACAUAAAAACACAUGAAUGGCCAUGUAGUCAGCUGCUUGCCAAAUAACACAUUUUUUUUUUCAAAGAAUUUUACUUUGGUUGGCCAGUAUAAUCAUAAACCAAGUGUUUUAAGACAUGGUUGAAGUAAUUUCUUAAAAUUCUGUUGAAGACCAUUUACAAACUGGUAAGAAACUUUUGUGAGAAUUAGACUUUCUGUAUAGUCUUACCUAUUAACAGUUACUAUAACAACCAACAUAAGGCAACAGUUGACUUUUAUUCCUUCAGCUUAUGGAUGUACUAAUGCUGCAUAACUAUGUUUUAUUAGAAUAGACACUAAGGGCUUCCCUGGUGGCUCAGUGGGAAAGAGUCUGCCUGUCAAUGCUAGAAUAGACACUAAAAUAGUUAAAAAGACUGAUCCAAAAACUAAGUAAAAUCAUCUUAUAAAGUUAUAGGAUUUCACAUUUGGGUUCUUUUGCCUAAUGUAUCUAAAGAUCAUCUGUUAACACUAUUUUUAAUUGAAUCUGUGCAUUUCUGUAUUAAUCCUGGAAAGUGAUUUAGUUUGUAUUAAAAAAAAUUCUAUAUGGCUCCCUUUCAAAAGGAAAGAUGUAUAAUAUGGAGAGAAUGAGAUGAGGUUAAAGGAGACAAGAGUUUUCACUUGAUUUCUGGUCUACAUGGCUCUAUUAAAUUACUGUAGUUAUAAGUGCAAUAAAUUUAUUUUUUCUUAAAUUUUUAAUUGGAGGAUAAUUACUUUACAAUACUGUACCAGUUUCUGUCAUACAGUGUGAGUCAGCCAUAAAUAUACAUAUGUCCCCUCCCUCUUGAACCUCCCUCCCACCCCUUUAGGUUGUCACUGAGCACUGGUUUAAGCUCCCUGUGUUAUAAAGCACCUUCCCACUAGCUCUGUAUUUUACAUAUGGUCAUGUAUACAUUUCAUUGCUACUCUCUCAGUUCUUCCCACCUUCUCCUUCCCCUGCUAUGUCCACAAGACUGUUCUGUAUGUUUGUCUGCAUUUCUAUCCCUGCCCUGCAAAUAGGCCCAUCAGUACUAUUUUUCUAGAUUCCAUAUAUAUAUAUAUGUUAAUAUAUGAUACUUGUUUUCUCUUUCUGACUUACAUCACUCUGUAUAACAGGCUCUAGAACUAGAACUGACUCAAAUGAGUUCUUUUAAUGGCUGAGUAAUAUUCCACUGUAUAUAUGUACCACCAUUUCUUUAUCCAUUCAUCUGUCAAUGGACAUGUAGGCUGCUUCCAUGUCCUAGCUGUGAACAAUAAAAUUUAUAAUUGGGAAUUUAACUGACAAGUCAUUGAUUUGUCAGAUCAUUGACUUUACCUUUGAUGUUUCUUAAAUUAUGAUAAAAAGUGGUACUCCAAAACAGUUAUUCUUUCUCACAUUCAUUUUAGUAUAUGGAAACAAUGGGAAUGAAGUUAUAUUUAAUAACUGUAUAUGCUUAUUACAAUGAUAUUAUCUUCCUAUAAAAUAUUCCUUCUGUGUUUUGUUUAACUGUAUUUUUAUGUAAUUAUAAAGAGUUAUCUAUUAUUGGCCUAGCAAUGUUAAAACAAUAUGAAAUAAUUUUUAAUAAAAUGCAGUUUACCCUUGAACAACACAGGUCUGAACUGUAUAGAUUCACUUACAUGCAGAUGUUUUACUAAAUGCAUACCACACUGCUACAUAACAUACAGUUGGCUGAUCUGUAGAUUCAGAACUGUGGCUAUGAAGAGUCAGUUGGAACAUUACACAGUCAGGAUAGGCACCCCUAACCCCUGUGUUCAAGAGUCAACUGUAUAGAUGAUAAUGUAUAUUUCAGAUAUUUUAGAUUGUCAUCUCUAUGAAAAAAAUGUUAUCAGACUACCAACCAAGAAAUGGGAAACAUAAGUCCCUGUUUUGUCUACUAAUAUCUGUUUACUCUAAAUAUCCUAUUACCCCAGUUCACAGAUUCUUGAGCCAAAGGGAGCUUCAGGUAGUUUAUGUCAGAAAUGUCUUAUAAAAAUGUUUUUUUUUUAAUGAUUUUCAUGAUUCUUGAAGUAUUGCAUAAUUUAAAAAAACACUGUGCUAGGUGAAAUAAGAUAGUCAGAAAAAGACAAAUGCCGUGUGAUUCUACUUAUAUGAAGCAUCUAAGCGUAGUCAAAUUCAUAGAAAGAAAAUAGAAUGAUGGCUACUUGGGGUUACGGGGAGGGGAAAAGAGGCGUUCUUUAAGAGGUAUAGAGUUUCAGUUUUACAAGAUGAAAAAAGUUCUGAACAUAUGUUUCACAACAACAUGACUGUAUUUAAUACCGCUGAACCAUACACUUAAAAAUGGUUAUGAUGGUAGACUUUAUUUUAUACUAUACACACACACACACACACACACACACACACGGCUGUAAGUGGAAUCUCUACUAAUAAACUUUCUUAACAUGAUGACUGAAAGCUUUUAAAUUUUAUUGGGGAACUAUGAGACCUGUAUAUUCGGUAUCAAAGAUUACUCCACACAAUAAAAACUACCUGCUUUGCCUUUGAGAAAUGUUUACAACAGCAUCAUCAGUAGAGCAGGAAACACUUGUUUCUCCAGAAUUUAAAGAAUCCAAAGCCCUGUAAAUCCCUUUUCCCCUCAAAAUAUCAUAAUAACUACUUAUAAGAAUAAAGACUUGUAUUAGUAAUUACUAUAGAAUGAACAAUAAUAUCAUAACUUGGCAGCUUGAAACAACACACAUUUAUCAUCCAUAGCCUCUGUGUCAAGUGUCUGGGCAUGGUUUAGCUGGGUUCUCCGCUCAGGACCUCACAAGGCUGCAAUGCAGGUGUCAGCCAGGGCUUGGACUCAUCUGAGGUUCAACUGGGUAAUAGGCCGCUUCUAAGUCACAUUGUUGUUAACGACAUUCAUUACCUUGCAGGCUCCCAACUCAGGGCUUCAGUUUCUUGCCAUUUGAGUCUAGCCAAAAUGGCCUCUUGUUUGCUCAGUAAGAAACAGAGAGUCUUGCAAGGUGAAUGUUAACAACUGUGUGUUACAAAAUCACAUGUAUUUAAUCAUGCACAUUACAUCCCCUUUAUCAAAUUCUAGUAGUUAAGAGCAAGUCACUCAUCCCACUCAAACUCAGGAAGAGGGGAUUCUUUUGUAGCUUUGUAAUGGAAUUUCCAUUUGGUUCCUUAUUGUAAAUUUUAAGUGUUUGUUGAGAAUUCCUGCAUGUUCGUUCAA